UCUGCACAACGAAAUCAAAAGUUUUCUAAUCUUCAGUUUCUUCCGCUCUUCACCUUCAAAUAAUUAACGUUUUGACUUCGGGCGCACUUGUCUUUUCUUUUCCCCCUUCAUACCUUGCUGAAAUUCUCCCGUGGGACAACGCGGAAAGCUAACAGUUCAAGAAGCAAUCGAUUUGGCCGUUGUUAUUCCGUUCUUCUCUAAGUAAGAAAGAUGUGUAUGCUAUUUCUAUAUGUGAAUCCGAAUCCCGGAGCUAAUGGAUUUUAUUUGAUUCUGGCGAAUACUAGAGAUGAAUUCUUUUACCGUCCAAGUAGAGUUGGCCAUUUUUGGGAGCACAAUCCAAACAUUAUAGGAGGCAUGGAUUUUGAAGAAGGGAAACAAGGUGGUACUUGGUUGGCCAUGAACACCAGUGGACAAGUAGCUACGCUUCUGAAUUUAAUGAGGCCGCUCUCAGAUAUGGAUGGAACAAAAAAAGAUAGAGGUUUCCUUGCCGUUAAAUUUUUGGAAAGUGGAAUAGAUGGAGUGAACUAUCUUCAGCGACUCCGCAGAGAGGCUGAUAUGUACCAAAGCUUUCUUUUAGUCACCAUUGAUGUCAAACCCAUGAUGGGAGACGUAACGGCCGCCUAUUACACAAACGAUGGAGAUGAAGGCCCAGUUAUUCUUAAGAAAGGUGUCCAUGUAUUUGGAAACAGCUCUCCCUCACAACCUUGGAAAAAGGUGAACGCAGCUAAACAAAUGUUUGAAGAAGUAAUCUCACGGCAGCCAAAUUCUUCACAAAAGGAAGAGCUACUAUCUGAUAUAUUUCGAGUUCUUAGGAAUGACACAUUACAUUACCCAGAUGAGCAACUGGACCGCGAUACAGAAGGAAGACCAGAAGAAUAUGUGAAACAACUUAGUGCCAUUUUUAUUAAACCAGAACAGGGCAUUUAUGGCUCAAGGACACAUACAGUUAUUCUUAUCGAUAGCCAUGGACACGUUGAUUAUGUGGAGAAAACUAUGAAGGAACCCAUCGAUGUAACAUCAAAUAUUUCUUGGGUGACUACACGAAUGCAAUUUACCAUUCAAGAUUCAAGUCGAAUUGUUUCGCAUCUGUGACCUUCAAAAUUUUUUCUUGAUUGAGCCGUAAUGAAAACAAGGCAAAUUUUCUACUUCAGAAAAUACAACAAAGAGCAUUUAAUUAACAGGUCACAAUUAUAUUUAUUUUGCAAUUCGUCAUUCACAAUUUUUCUUCUCAUUUAAAGUAUGAAAAGAGUAGAAUUUAAAUUCUGAUGUCUCUGAAAUUAUAUAAAUUUGUAAAUCCAUUCAUCUUUGUAUUUUUUUAAAAUAUAAAUCAGAUAAAAUGGAUGUUCUUGAGAAUUAAUAUUGGCUACAACCUUAUUUAUGACAAAAAAAAAUAUCCAAUUUAUCUUCAGAAAAUCCCCAAGAUUAGUAAAAGGACUACAAUUUCAUUCUUUUCUUUUCAUUUAAGAGCUAAUUUAUUUUUAAAUAUCUUGGACACAGAAAUAAUAGUUAAAUUGUAUGACAGAAUGAUUUAAAUAAUAAUUUUUGUUCUGUCAUCAGAAAAAAACAUGAAAAUUUUCAAAACUAAGAGGAGUAAAAAUUAAAUUUAUAGAAUAAAUUGUUAGAUUUAUUAGAAUUCAUUUAUAUGUUAAUAGUUUAUCAACUAUUUUUAUCCCUUAGAUAAUUUUAAAAGAUAAUAAAUUCAUUUAUACGCAGAAGAUUACUCAGCAUAAUUAUUUCAGUAAUAUUUCCCUUUCUAGAGAGGAACAAAGAAUUUCGUCCUCACUCUAUAGUAAAUAUACAGUUGAAGUUUGAAAUGAUGAAGUGAUAAAAUAUUAAAAUGAAAUUAGUUGCUAUAAUAAUUUUUUUUUCAUCGUUUUAAAAUUUUUCUCCUAAAUUGUAAAAAUAAAGUAAACUAAUAAAAGUUUUGUCUAAAAAUACUUCGAAUUUUGUUUCCAGUUGCAAGUUGCAAGCGAUGCUACCCUUUUUUUAAUGCAAAAUAACAAGCAUUUUGUUUAAGUAAUUGCUUUUUAAUAUUGCUUUAUCGUACUUUGUGUCUAUCUUGCAAUAAAAGUGAGAUGUAAAUAAAACAUAGAUUUUUAAAAUAAAUUACAUUUCCAAUUUUUUAAAAAAAUAUUGUUUAUUACAUAUGAGACAUAAUUUAAGAAAGGUUUAGUGACAUUUUCGAAAAUGAUAUAAUUUAUUAAUCCUUUAUAUUAGAAACCGUAUUAUCGAAAAUUGUAUUAUUAAUAAAUAAAUCUAAAACUUAUAUAGACAAAGAAUAAAUAAAUAUUUUUUGUUAAUAAAUUCGAUUAAAAAAUAUCAGUGAUUAAAUAUGCAGAUAUACAAAUGUGUCAAUUAACAAUACACAUCUAUUAACCAUUUAUGAUUAUAAUCACUCUGGGUUGCAGCUUUGCUAUUUGAAUAUUUAUUGUUAUUUUGAAUUUAACAUCAUAUAUUUCUUUUAUAGCCGGUUCUGUUUUUAAUUAAAACUGCAAGCUC